GAGCCCACGGCCAUCGUCGCCUACUCGGCUCCAUCCGGCGGAGAGUAGACCAAUCCCCUCCGCCUCUGCCUGCCUCUGCGUGGCGGAGCCUGAGCUUCUCCGGCCUCCACCAACCCUUCCCCUGCUACCCGCGUCCCCGCCGCAGCCCCAUCCUCGCAUCUCCCCUGCCGCUGCCGGAUCCGGAGACCCAGGUCUCAAGGUGCGAAUCUCCCGCUCCCUCAGUUUAUACUUGGUGCCACUGGAAGCAGAUGCUGCUGCGUUGCGUGCCUGCUAUAUGUUUGCAACGCUGCACCUAUACCAUGUAUUCUCAGCCUAGCCAGUUACAAGGAGGGUUGUCACAGAGCAUGGCCUUAUGGAAGCAUUCUCACUCACAUGCGGUCAGUUAUCACACAAAAAUGGGUUUAGUUAGUCUUUCUCCUAAGAGCACAACAUCAUCUCGUCUGCAAAAUGGGACAUGCUUUUCCUGCUUGGAGCAACAGUCUAAACACGUAUUAUCAGCGAGAGAUCGUAUCCUACAUGCUAAGCUUGAUAUGACCUCACAUCACAAGUUUUCUAGUAUUAGCUGGAAGGCGAGAAAGACCAGAAGUUUAGCUCAAAAAAUAGGAGGUACAGGCAUUGCUCUUUCCUUGAGUUUCGCAGUUUCUGGGAUAGCAAAUGCUGAGGGUCCGAUGGAUGAUGGCAUCGGUACCAGUACCACCCACAAUUCCGAAUCAUCCACUAGUUGUGCUCAUGGGAAGAAAGUUUACACAGAGUAUUCUGUCACCGGCAUUCCUGGGGAUGGUAGAUGCUUGUUCCGUUCUGUGGCUCAUGGUGAGUGCAUUAGGUCAGGGAAACCCAUACCUAAUGAGAAUCUUCAGAGAAAGCUCGCUGAUGAUUUAAGAACAUUGGUUGCUGAUGAGUUUAUCAAGAGACGGACAGAGACUGAAUGGUUUAUUGAGGGUGAUUUCGAUACAUAUGUCUCUCAGAUUAGGAAGCCACAUGUGUGGGGAGGAGAGCCAGAAUUGCUCAUGGCUUCUCACGUUCUUCAGAUGCCGAUCACUGUUUAUAUGCGCGAAGAAGCAGCUGGUGGUUUGAUAGCGAUCGCGGAGUAUGGCCAGGAGUAUGGGAAAGAAGACCCAAUCCGAGUCCUCUAUCAUGGUUGUGGCCAUUAUGAAGCGCUGCAUAUACCAGGAAACUCUGAGCCCAGGUCAAGACUGUAACAUUUGGAGCUCUGAAACCAAACAGUUGUAGUAAGUUCUUGGCCUAUGUAUACUUUCUCUGCUUCCCAAAUACAUUUUCUGUCAGAGUAUAGUCAGAAUCAUUGAGCUUCUUCCA